CCAACACCAAUCUCUUCACACGUAUCAGACUCACUUAUUCAUUCUAGACUUGCCAGGUGUCACUAUCUCUUUCUGCGAACCGUCUGAAGUAGCCACUCCUCUUGGAAACAUUCCCCCCUUACCUCUCUCUUCCUUGACAUUCAUCCGAGUCUCCUCCCCAGAUUGGCGACCAGUAGCAAAUCACCUAGACAAACAUUCAAGGAUACGAAAUACAAUACCCAAACACCCAGAACACGAGCCCUGACCUGCCGUCAUGAACUUCUUCAAGAGAACAGCGCAGCCUCCGCCUGAGCCAGUCAAAGUGCUGCAGCCUCUCCAUCCCUUCUAUCCUGCCGGUGUCGAGAUCGCGAACUUUGUUGCCAACGACAAAACAGUUGCUCAACUUCUCGCUGUCUUUGCUGCUGGGUGUGCUGUCAUCUUGGGUGCGACAUGGCUGCUCACUGGAAGAUUGGCGCCGCGUCUGAAGACCAUGGACAAAGUCAUAGUACUGUGGUUCUGCUUGACUGGUUCAAUACAUCUCUUCUUCGAAGGCUACUUUGCCUAUAAUCACACUCAAAUGGGGGGAGCACAAGAUAUCUUUGGCCAGCUGUGGAAAGAGUAUUCAUUGUCUGAUUCGAGAUACCUGACAUCUGAUCCUUUUGUCCUAUGCAUGGAGAGUAUCACUGCUAUUUUCUGGGGUCCUCUUUCUUUCUUGAUGAUUUACUUCAUCAUUACCUCUCAUCCUAUGCGCUAUCCACUACAAGCCAUCGUUUCCCUAGGCCAGGUCUACGGCGACGUACUGUAUUACGCUACUAGCUUAUUCGACCACUACUACAAGGAGCUGUCUUAUUGUCGACCAGAGGCAUAUUACUUUUGGUUCUACUUCGUUUUCAUGAACUUCAUCUGGAUUGUGAUACCAGGCAGUCUUCUAGCAGACAGUGUGAUCACCACAACACGAGCAUUCAAGGCGCUGAAUCGAAUGUCCAAGACCCUACAGGGCAAUGGAGUUGCAAAGAAGCCAAAGCAGAACGGCCACGUCAAGCGUGCAUAGAUUGGGUAGCACAAAACACAUGUUGGCUGUUUAGCGAAUGGAGUAACAAUGCACCAGGCGACACCACGAGUCGUCUUGGUUUGGCUAGGGAAACGCACUGCCGGACCAACUCACAUAGAUUGUACCGACCAUACAAUAGAUUUUGGCAUUGUAGAUCUCAAGAUACAAG